AUGGCCGCCAUGACCCCCCCUUUCAGUGCCGUGAUAACACGCCGGCACCCGCCCAUCACCCACGCCGGCGCCGGCCUCAUCGCCACGGCCAUCAUAGUGCCAGUCAUCGCCACGCUGUGGACGUUUCUGCGAAUUUGGACUCGGAGGAUAAGAGGCGUCUCAGCGUGGUACAUCGAAGAUGUCUUAUGCUAUCUUGCAGUUUUCUUCUUCUGGGGCCUUGGGAUCAAUUACAUCUGCACGGUGACGCUCGGCGGCGCCGGCAACCAUCUUCCCCGGCUGACGGGGGCCGAUGACCGCGCCCGAUUUUCCCAAACCACCUUCGCCGCUCAGGUCCUGUACGCCCUGACGCUGGGAUGCACCAAGAUGAGCAUCACCUGGAUGAUCAAGCGCAUCUUCUUUGAAAACUCCCGUGCUUGGAUCCCCUACUGCCUCAUGGCUGUCAACUUUUGCUGGAUGGUGCAGACCAUCUUAACAGGCCUGUUUCUCUGUCGCCCGAUCACACUGAACUGGGACCCUGAUGGUCGAGGCACAUGCGGCAACAAGGCCGUCGUGUUCUCCGCGGUUAGCAUUGUCGACAUCAUCACCGAUCUGUUAAUCAUCGCACUCCCUGCUAAGAUGCUCUGGGGUAUCCAAAUGCGGACAAGUUACAAAAUCGCUGUUGGCUGCAUGUUCGGUGCUGGUUUGAUGCAAUCUGUCAGCACGAUUGCAUUUACUACCGUCCGACUAUACAGCGUCAUCACCCUCGACUUUUCCGACCUGACUUACAACUUUGUGUCCAUCUCCAUCCUUGGCAUUGUCCAAGCCGGCGUCGCCAUCAUCGUCGCCACUGCGCCUCUUCUCCGCCCUGCUUUCGACCGCACCGUCGAGUCUUGGUCUUAUUCCUUUGGCCGUGGUCCUCCAGCAUCGACUGCUCGAGCGUCAAAGGGGAGGCUGUCACGUCGCAGAGUCUCAGCGCAUGCUAAAAGCUCCACGUGUGCCUCGUCGCUCAGCAUCAGCAAGAAUACGAAACCGCUCCCUGGGUUUAGGCAGUUGACCGAGAGUGAGGAGAAUCUGCGGUGGGAGCUGGACGUCAUGCAUGCUGACAAGGGCAAGACUCUGACAGAAGUGUCCAACGCGCGGAAUGGCUCCGGUAUCGAUGAAGAAGAGCUUCCGUCUGGCCAGAUAAAGGUCACGCAGUCCACACAAGUCUCCCGUGGAUAA